UAAUGGAGGAGGAGGGGUAUAUUCCUGAGGAUGAAAUAGAGGAGGAAGAGGAGGAGUUUGAUGAGGAAGGAUUAAGAUUCCGUUGGAAGAUAUCAACCUAUUCUCUCUCCGGACUAACAAUUCUCCUCAACCUAAUUAUCGUCCUAAUCCUUAUCUUUAAACGUAACCUAGGAUCUACUCUUAAUAAAGUAAUUUUUCUGGUUAGUUUGGCGGACUUGGGAUUUGGUAUGUGUGUAAUACCAUUCUUUGUUGAUAACUAUGUGGAGAAUAAUUGGAACUUUACACAAGAGUUCUGUAGAUUUUAUACGUUCUACUUCACAUUCCACGAUCUUUUUCAAGCUCUGAGUUUAAUAUUCGUAUCUAUAUACAUAUCCUUUAAGUUCACAGGAAUGUCUGUAAACACUGUUGGAUGGACAAGAACAAAGUUGGGAAUGAGUCUCAGCAUUGUCGUCUUCUCUAUUCUCCUCGCACUUCCGGCAACUUUACACGCGGGAAUAUUCCAGGAUCCAAGCAGCCAGCAAACUUUUAAACAGGAGUGUCGAACCCUGGAUAUCUACACUAUGCCGAUCACCUACAUCUUUUCCUCCUCUAUUCUCUUUUGCUUCUCUAUGGGGUUCCUGUUCUCCCUGUGCAUCCUAGGAUCUCCCCUCCUCAAGGGAGCAUAUGAUCCAGAGGAACAUUCGAAAAAAUGGAGAAUAAUUCUCACACUCUCCGUAGUGAACAUUCUGUAUAUAAUCUGUGGGUUCCUGCUGAACUUCAAGGAGAUCUCCAGGUUCCUCUUCAAGUGCUGUAACAUCAUCAAACCCUUCUCAGAAUUGAACGACAUCAGUUAUGAUGCUUGGAGUUUCUCCCUUCUCAGCUCCCGUACUAUGCUCAGACCUGGAGUUUAUCUUCUCUUUUAUCAGAAAUAUCUACUGGAGAAACCUUACUAUUACUAGAAAUUAAACCCUCAUGUACUUUACUAUGUACGAAAGUGCAGUGUACGCGGGUUUAUCAAAGAAUGUUAAUAAAAUACAACUUUUGUUACGUUUAUAUUUCUGGCCAAUUUAAAUUUGCUAAUUCAGUUCAUAUGACAAACCAUAUCAUUAGAAGAAAUUUUACUUUAAAAAUAUAUCGAUUUCUCAGUCUAAGUAAUUUUAUAAAAAUAAACUGGUAGACCCAUAAAACUUUGGAAUAGGAUGACGACUUUUAGACUCAAGUUAUUGUAUAAAUUGUCUAAUGAAUAGGAAACUGAACAGCGAUGGUGCAACGCAGACAUGGACAAUUUUCACAUAAAUUGAUUUUAAAGCUAUUUGUAUUUGCACCAAAUGCUCAAAGGGUUGCUUUAAUGUCGUCUCACUCUUCCACAGUUUUACGGGUCUCAUUGAUGUAAUGAUUAUUUUUACAAAAUUACUUCUUUUUUUAAAUUAUGUGACUAUUCUAAAAUCCCUUGUACAAUGUACAAUGUACAAUGUACUUGCUUAUAAAAUUAACUGAUAACUGUACAAAACAUGUAAAUAAUAAUAUUGUAAAAAGUGUGAGAUUAAUAACUAAUAAAUCGAUUUAAGAUGUUCA